AUGCACAAAGCCGUUGCCGUCGCUGUCGUCGCUCUCGCUGCUGGGGCCGUCGCCCAAACUCCGCUCGCGGAGCAGCGCUUCAACUACACAAACCUUGUUAGUCCUUUCCCAUCGCGCGCGCGCUCGCUCAUCGCAUCGCCCAUUCUCGAGCAACAGCUGACAGAUCGCAUCCCUUUUUGACAUUUUAAUACAUUUUAACAGCCCUACCAAGCUGAUUCCAACGAUGGACCUCGAGGAAGGCAGCUGGGGUGAGUUGGCAGCGCUGUCCGAAGCGACGUCCGGUUCUUAUUGAGGCGCGGACGGCCGAGCUCGUCAUCCGUGAGGCGAUGUUGAGGCAUGGUUUGCUCAGCCGGCGCGCGCCAAGCUUUUCGUUCGGAUCCGCGUUCGCCACCGCUUCAAGCUGCCUGUUGUCUGCCAGGGUGCUAAUCAAUCACUCCUCCUGUUUAACCACGUGUAUCAACAUAGUUACAACCGAUGCAACUCGACAACCGAAGGUCAAUCGUCCAUGUGUCAAACAUCCUACAUCAAUAGUCUCGACGACUUCUGCCUGUGGUGAGUUUCUUGGCAGAUCGAGGCUCGGUGAGCGAUCAUCGCCCCCCACGAUCUUUCCAGAGUGGCGAUAUUCGAGACAUUCACUUGCAUCAACUUCACUCAUGUUCUCCCGCUUAUCAAUUCCGCUCUAUUUCGAACGCUUCUUUCCAAAAGGGCCCCACCUUUGCCCGACAGCAUCGUCGGUGACGUGGAGGGCGGCAUGGUGGCGUGGUGCACCAAGGGCGGUCGGGGUACUCGCGUCAUCCCUCCCGGUGCUCUGCAGUCGGUCCAGUUCAUCAAAGUGAGAUCAUGGUCUUAUACACAUGGUGGCCAGGGUUUCCGUCAGGCUGAUCCUCUGUUCCCUCCCGACAGACCCCUCAUUAUGUCCGUCUUGGCAAAUCAUGUUUAUGAUCGAACCCUGCUUUCGAAAGACAACGUACCGAACGUACUGAACGUACUGACGUGCUACCCCCACCAAAUCACGCACAGGUUCAAGUAACGGGUUACAUCAACCAAGCCAUGAUCAACAUCGACGCCAAUGAUCGUGAGUCACCCAGCACAGUGUCAGUGUGAGAGCAUUAGAGCAUCAGACCAGCUCAUAUCGAAUCUUUUUCAGAGGGUGGAGAGAUGGAUCCCCACGGUGCCGAUCAGGUAAGCAUCUUGGACCCAUCUAUUCUCUGUACGACAUGGAUAUGAUUAUUAAAGCUAUAUACCUUUCCCCUCCAACAGCGAGGUAACCCUCUCGGUGGCUUGUUGUUCAGUCAAGCGUUCAAUGGCAACUCGACCACGAACUCGUCGACCCCAAGCGGAGCUUCGUUCCGCCAAGUCAUCCAAUGGCACAACUUUAUGGGCGCCAACUACUUCUGCUUGAAGGCUUGCGACCCUAGCUGGGAAGGGGGAGCGCGCAUGUGCGAGCACGUCUACGACCGAGCCGGCUGUGACGUCAACGCCCCCGUGACUCGAAUGAACGGCACGUUCCUCUCGUGCCUCGGUGACGACCAACUUCCCCCCGGUGUCUACAUCGGCAGCAACGGCGGCAGGAGCACCUGGUACCAACCCGGCGAGGGAACCGAGCUCGGAAACCUCCCCUACUCCGUCUUUACCCCCGCUACCUCGUCGUGCUCGACCUUCCAGUCCUCGGCCUUGUUUGGUGGCUCCGCGACCGCAACCGCCAGCGCCGCGGCCAACACCUCGGUCUCUGCCUCGGGCUCGGCGGCAGACGCUUCCGUCUCCGUCUCCGUGACCGGUACCGCGACCGCGAUGUCUGGUACAGCCAUGGUCACCAGCCGCCCCACCUCUACCGCCACGGGUGCCAAUGCCGCCGCUGCGACGACGACUCGCGCAGCCUCGCCUGCGCGACGCCACGCCGCCCCUAUCGCGGCCCUCCUCGGCCUCGGUGGUUUAGCCAUCUUCGUCAUUUAA